AUGCCCUUGGGGCAGGUCAUCUUCCCAUUGUGUGAGUUGCCGGUGCCCAGUGCCACUCAGCCUCAAGAUGGGCCUGUGAGCCAGGCAGUGCCAAUAGGACCUCUCCUCCAGGACUUGGAAUCUUUAGCAGAGUCACCAAUAGGUGGGGCACACAAGGGACUUCAGCCCAGCUGUGAUCUGAAGGAGAUGGCAAAUACUUCAGGCCACCUAGGCAUCCUCGGCUAUUGCCUUGCAAUUAAGUUUGACAGUGUCGAGGUGUGUGUCUGCUGUGAAAUGAAGCACCAGUUGUCUGGCUGCAGCAACCUCGGGGAGACACUGAAGCUGAACCCACUCCAGGAGGAUUGCAAUGCCGUGCGGCUGACCUUGAAGGACCUCCUCUUCAGCGUGUGUGCCCUCAAUGUCCUCUCCACCAUCGUGUGUGCGCUGGCCACAGCCAUGUGCUGCAUGCAAAUGGUCUCCGCCGAUGUCCUACAGAUGUUCCUUCCACAAAGGGUGCCUGCCACCAGCCCGGCCUGCCUGACUCCUCACGGCACUGUUCUCCACCAGACCCUGGAUUUCGAUGAGUUUGUGCCCCCGCUGCCCCCUCCCCCCUACUACCCUCCGGAAUACACCUGCACGCCCACCGCCGAUGCCCACAGGGGUCUGCACCUGGACUUUGCUUCCUCUCCAUUCGGCACUUUGUAUGGCGUCACCAUCAACAGCCCUGGCCUGCUCUACCCGGCUGAGCUCCCACCGCCCUACGAGGCUGUGGUGGGCCCAACCCCUGCCAGCCAGCUUCCAAGUGCAGACCAGCAGGUGACCGAGCCCAGCUCCAGGGACCCAGAUGCCACCACUGGCUUCAGCACACAAGUGCCGGCAGACAACACAAGCCUCCUGGCCUCCGAGGGCUCUGCUGCGCCAGGCCUGAACCGCCCAUCCCCUGAUGGCCCCACGGGUGCCCCUUUGCCUGCUCCAUGCCCUGGCCAAACGUCCCCUGAGGGCCCUGACCAGGGCACAGGGGCUCGGCCUGGUCCCAAGCGUGUGGCCCGCUCAGCCAGUGACCCCACCUCAUGCACGUUCAGGGCAGCAGGCGGUGCCUCGUCACACACCCCCUCCUGCAGCCAGGACCUUGAAGCAGGACUGUCCCGGGCCACAAUGGGGACUGCUUCUCUGUCUCACUCUGUCACGGCUGCUUGGGCCUAUCGGCACCAGCUUUCACCCCCUGGGGAACCAGACUCCUGGAAAACGGACCACCGGUUCAAGCCAGAGCCCCUACAGAGAGUCUCCAAAGAGCAGCUGCACUCCUUAGUGGACAGCAAGGCCUACGCGGACACCAGGGUUUUGGUGGCUAAGUUCUUGGAACACUCAAGCUGCUCCCUUCCCGCCGAGGUGCGGCACGUGAUGGGCUCGGCCUGUGCGGCGGUCCCCUCAGAGGAGUGCCCUGUGGAGGAGGCCGUCCUCAGCGCCUGUGUCCUCGACCAGCUGUGAAGACCCUCAGGUCUGGACGUGCACACAGACAGGCCUGGUGCCACAGGCCCCCCUGGGGGCGUGGGGCGGCGGGGAGAGGCCGCUGCCCAGGGUGGGUCAGGUGGGGAGGGCUGUCCCCUCCUCCACGGGGAUCCCAUGGGCUGUUUUCCUACCUAUUGCAGUAAUACAGCCAAUGACUGUCACGUCCGUGGUGAAUUCCGUGGCUUUGUCAGGCAUGUGGCACCUUGAAGUAGCACGUGACAGGAACCUCGUGACGGGACACUCAUGUAGCUAAAGAAACGUUAAAUAUCUUUAAAAUUUGGGCCUCAAAGAGCAGAAUUCACCACCACACCUCUGCCCCCCUGCCCCCCGCCACUGGUUUAGUUUAAUGUUUAAGGAGCUGGAGGAGGAAAAAAGCAAGAAGCCCAUUUUUUUCUUGCGGUUUGUGUCACCCCAUGAUAAGCCCUGUCUCAGAUGUGACUUUAAAUAAGUAAUUCUAGCACAGAUGGCAGCCUGGGCCCAGCCUUAUGCCUGCAGUGCGACAGGGCCACUGUGUGAACAAAUAUACAACCAAUGCGGGACUCCGCAGUGGCCUGGCCAUCCUGGGAGGCAGAUGGGUGUGGCGAGAGGCCUUGUGGGACCUGUCACCUCGUCUCCCAGACAUCCUCUCCCACCUGCCCCCGCCCCCCGCCUCCUCCGCCCCAGGACAACUUCCCUGCUUCCUCUGGCUGUCUCUCCACUGUUCCUCUCCCUCUCU